GCCUAGUUUUUCAUACUUGAAAUUAAUUAAAAAUAUAAUAUAAACAUAAUGCUGCGUAUUUUGAGAACUAGUGGAUUGCUGCGUGCGGAAUGCAAAAAUUUGGCUGCUGCUGCUGCCUAUUCGGCUAUGCCGCAGCCACAAACAACUCCAGAUGUGCUCUACACUGGCCUCUUCAUCAACAAUGAGUGGCACAAGAGCAAGUCGGGCAAGACCUUUCCCACUAUUAACCCAACCACCGAACAGACCAUUGCCGAAAUCCAAGCCGGUGGUAAGGAGGAUAUAGACAUUGCCGUUAAAGCAGCGCGUCAAGCAUUCAAAUUGGGUUCACCCUGGCGUCGCAUGGAUGCUUCGGAUCGUGGUCGUUUGCUCUAUCGCCUGGCUGAUCUCAUUGAGCGCGAUCAAGUUUAUUUGGCUAGUUUGGAAACCCUGGACAAUGGCAAGCCCUAUAGCAUGUCCUACAAUGUGGAUUUGCCCACGGCUAUUAAGAAUCUGCGUUACUUUGCCGGCUGGGCGGACAAGAAUCAUGGCAAGACCAUUCCCAUGGACGGUGACUUCUUUACCUAUACACGCCACGAGCCCGUGGGUGUUUGUGGCCAGAUUAUACCAUGGAAUUUCCCAAUUCUGAUGAUGGCCUGGAAGCUGGGACCUGCUUUGGCCACCGGCAACACCAUUAUUCUGAAGCCCGCCGAGCAAACCAGUCUGACGGCCCUCUACAUUGCGCAGCUGAUCAAGGAAGCUGGCUUCCCCGAGGGCGUGGUCAAUGUGGUGCCUGGCUUUGGUGACGCUGGCGCCGCUCUGGCUAACCACAGCGAUGUCGACAAGGUUGCCUUCACUGGCUCCACAGAUGUGGGCAAGCUGAUUCAGCUGGCGUCAGGCAAUACGAAUCUGAAGCGCGUCACUCUGGAAUUGGGCGGCAAGUCGCCCAACAUUAUUCUAGCCGAUUCGGAUCUGGACUAUGCCGUGGAGACAGCUCAUUUCGGUCUCUUCUUCAAUAUGGGCCAGUGCUGCUGUGCCGGCUCGCGCACCUUUGUCGAGGACAAGAUCUACGAUGAGUUUGUGGAGCGCAGCGCAGAGCGUGCCAAGAAGCGCACCGUUGGCAAUCCCUUCGAUCUGAACACCGAACAGGGACCGCAGGUCAACGAGGAGCAAAUGGAAAAGAUUUUGGGUCUGAUCCAGACGGGCAAGCAGCAGGGCGCCAAGCUGGUUGCCGGCGGCAAACGCCCCGAAGGUCUGCCCGGCUACUUCGUCCAGCCCACGGUCUUUGCCGAUGUCCAAGACAACAUGACCAUUGCACGCGAAGAGAUCUUUGGCCCGGUGCAGCAGCUCAUUCGCUUCAAGAAGCUCGACGAGGUGAUCGAGCGUGCCAACAACUCAGACUACGGCCUGGCUGCCGCUGUCUUCACCAAGGAUCUGGACAAGGCUAACUACAUUGUGGGCGGUCUGCGCGCCGGCACCGUCUGGGUGAACACCUACAAUGCCCUGGCCGCCCAGGCGCCCUUCGGCGGCUACAAGAUGUCCGGUCAUGGCCGCGAGAAUGGCGAAUAUGCUCUCUCCAACUAUACGGAAGUCAAGAGCGUCAUUGUCAAGGUGCCACAGAAGAACUCCUAAGUGCCGCAGCUCUGAAUGCGAAAACCAAUUUGCUCAUUCGCAAAUUGGAAUUGGAUUUUCUAUUAUAGCACUAAGCGCACAUUAACUCGUCAAUCGCAUUGCUGUGUAUUUUCCAUUUGAAUUAAUUUUAGUGAACAACAAAGCACUCUGAAAUAUAA